GAGCGCCGUGCGGGACGGAGCCGCCCGCAGCAGCAGCAGGAGGAAGAGGAGGAAGAAGAGGAGCAGCUCUGACUGUUUUGUGGGCACUUUUGCUGGACUUCAGCAGCAUCGGGAAUCAGCUGCAGCUCCUGCUUGCCAGGCUCCUGGAGGUGCAGGAUGACUCUUUUCGACGGCGUCUACCCCUUCUACCCGCAGCAGAGGAAGGCUGCCUGGUUUGACAUCGGCACCAUCACAGUCACCGUGGUGUUCCUGACGCUGGCUUGCAGCUUCCUGCUCAUCGCCCCGGGCAUCCGCGGCCGGGCGAGGCUGUUCUGGACUCUCCGUGUUCUCCUCAGCCUCUUCGUGGGAGCGGUGAUCGUCGUUGUCCAGUUCACAGGGGACUGGGAGAGUGGCUGGGUGCGGGCAAACACCUCCUACAAGUCCUUCAGCCCCGUGCAGGUGAGCGCUGACAUCGGGCUGCACGUCGGCCUGGCCGGGCUGAACGUCACGCUCAGGGGAAACCCAGUGGAGCAGAUCAACGAGACCAUCAACUACAACGAGCACUUUCCCUGGAGCUUUGGGGCAGAUUAUGACCACAGCUACAGCCAGGGGCUGCAGAAGGGGCUGCCCAGCCCCAUCCUGUACGUGGCAGAGAAGUUCAGCUCGCAGAGCCCCUGUGCCUGGCACAGGCGGUACCGCAUCGCCGGGCACUACGCCUCAGCCAUGCUCUGGGUGGCCUUUUGCACGUGGGUCAUGUCCAACAUUCUGCUCUCCAUGCCUGCCCUGGUUUAUGGAGGAUACAUGCUCCUGGCCACAGGGGCCUCCAUGAUCUUCUCUCUGCUCUCCUUCUCCACCGUGAGGAACUCCCCGACGUGCCUGAUCCAGAUUGGGACCAGCACCCUGCACGUGGCCUAUGGGGGAUCCUUCUGGCUCAUGCUGGCAAUUGGCCUGCUCUGUUUGGUGGCUGGGAUCACCAUCGUGGCAAUGCACCACCUCCGUCUGGACCUGCUGAAAACUUUCUUUGAUCUCCAUGAGGACAAAGCAGAGGAGCACCAGGAGAUGCCUGAGGUGUUCAGCAACCAUCACUUUGUGAGCAAGAGCCUGCCUGCUUCUGAGCCCACUGAAAUCAACAGCAUCUAGGAGAAACUCCUCACUCUGUCCCUGAGGAUGGACCCAGAAGGGCAGGACAAAUUCUCCUUGAUGUCCCCAGGGAUGCAUUUCCCCACCCAGCUGCCUUUGAAGUCCAAGCUGGGAUAGGUCCUUGCUGGGAAGUCCUUCCCAGACUGUGUCUCCUGUGACUCCCUCUGGAAGGGGCAGGCUGUGCUGGAGGCUGCCAUCAGAGCAGCUCACCCUGCUGAGACUUGGGCUGCACACCCACCUGGGAACCCCUGUCCCAGGAGGAAUGUCCUCCCUGCUCCAUUCUUCAAGGGUCUGCUCCCACUGAAACUGAGAAACAGCUCAUGGGUCACAUGAGCCUGGGAGCACCUGCCACUCCAAAACCUGGGGUUAAACCUCCUAAUUUUUUCCCCAAACGUGACAUUUUUGGUUCAGGUGUAUCCAGGAAAGCCAGGUAUGGAUCCAGCUGCAGGAGGUGGAAUAAAAAACCUGCUGCAGAAACAAAGACUGAGUACCUGUACCAUGGAGCUUGCUGUGGGGGAUGUGCUGAUUUGAUUUUCAAAUUUGGCCUUUAUUAGAGGAAACUUGUAGCCUGGUGUGGGCCAGAAGGAUGCCAUAGGAAAGGAAGGAGAGUGGAGAAUAAAGUUAUCCCUGUCCAGCUGGAGCACAGUUAGGCUGGCUGGGCAGCAGAGGAGGGAGGGGAUCUGUCCCUCUGCCUCACUCAGGUGACACCCCACCUGCAGAGCUGCCUCCAGAGAAGGACACAGAGCUGUGGGAGAGAGCCCAGAGGAGGCCAUGGAGAUGCUCUCCUGGGCACCUUCAUUCCCAUUGAUUGUAAAGUACAAAAUUUCCAUGUUUUGACUUUUCUUUCUGAGAUCCUUGCUGGUAAAGUUACUUAUUUCUGUCAGGUGAUGCUUGUGUGUCACUCAUGUGGUUUGUUCUGCACAGGAAUUAUUUUCAAUAAAACUUUAUUAAAACCCC